AUGGCUAAGCAGACCAAGGCUGGCAAGGCACCCGUACACGGCCUAGACACCACGGGGCGCAGUUUCCACCCGACCGGGUUCCGCGGCAGCCUCGCGGAGGAGGAGGAGGGAAGGGGCGCUCCGACGACGACGGAGAGUCCCGGGGUUUCGCUUUGGGUCACCACCGCGCUGUCGAUUGUUCUUCUGGAUGGGCCGGCGAUGGAGGGUGAUGGCAGACGGCAGAUGGCGAAUCGCACGCCUCCACGGCUGAAGCACCAGGACGCGGCCACGACGAUGUCUAAUCUACGGUCGCCUCCCUCUCGCGAUGAUGGAGGAGGUUUGGAGAACGGCCCAGGCGCAGGGACUCUGGAAAGGGAGCUGUGGAACUCCAUGGGCCAGGACUCAUUCCUGGAAGAGACGCUCGGGGAGCUGGCAUACUCGCACUGGCUGAGAUUCCUCGAGACCGUGGGACCAAACUCGAACAGGAGGGAGAGCUGGCUCCUCUGGGACGCCCUCAAGAGCCUGGAGCGGAACCUGGACGACUCGAAGAGCACCGCGCUGCGGAUCGAGACACCGCCGGGAUCCCCCAUCUCCUCUGGCCACCCGAGCGAGAGCACCCUGCCCUCGCCCGAUGACUGGAAAGACUUGAUUUCCCGGACCCAGCACCGGCUGUAUCUGCUCCAGCAGCCGCAGGCCUCGUCGCCGCCGCAGCAGCUUCGCUCGGAACAGCCCGACAAGGACAUCAACGAACGAGCUCUAGACCGCAUAGCCUACAUAGGUGGACUCCUCCUCCCCGUGACGGUGGUCUCGAGCGUCCUGGCCAUCGAGGGCUCCUACGGCCCCGAGGGCGACAAGUUCUGGGUGUUCUGGGUGGUGAGCGUCAUAGCCUCGGUGGCGGCCAUAGCGGUCAUCUACGUCGAGCGGCUGAGGAGGCUGCGGGUGUGGUUCGAGAUCGCGGCCGACGGCGUGAUGGAGACGGGGGGCGCCUUUGCGGACGGGGAUUUCCUGUGGUGGGGAGGGGACGACGAGAAGGAGGACGAAAAUGUCUGCGUGGUGCGGGACGAGGACGGGGUCAAGGCGUGGAAGAGAGGCGAGCUCGGCUGGGGAGGCGCCGUCAAGAAGGCGAGCGGCUAUUAUCGAUGGAGGGGGGACAAGCGGCUGAGAUUCGAUAUGCCCAAGACGUGGGUGGGAACAUAG